GUUUCACGUGGCACGCACACGUGGUUCUCACGGGAGCCCCGGGACGGGAGGUGCAAGUCCGAGCCCCCCACCCCCUAACAGGGGUCGAGAGAGAGAGAGAGGGGACCCCGAGGGAAGGAGGAAGUUACCGGGCAGAAGAAGAGCCGGAGGCCGAGAGGGGACAGGGGAGGCCGGGCAAGCAGAGAGGCCGCAGCAGGAGAGAGGGACACGGCAGAGAGAGAGAGAGAGAGUCGGGGAAAGGGGUCUUGGUAGCGGCUGUCUCGGCGGGUGGUGGAGGUGGUGGGGGUGGUGGGGGAGCCGGAGGUGGAGGUGGGGUAGUGGUGGUGGUGGAGCCGGUGGUGGUGGUGGAGCCGGUGGUGGUGGAGGUGGUGGGGGCUCAUCGGACCCCGCCAUGUCCCUGGAGGUGACGGCGCUGGGCACGGGGGCCGCGUUUCCUUCCCCGCGCCGCGGGACCUCGGCCGUGGCCCUGCGGCUCCCCGACGGCUCCGUGUGGCUUUUCGACUGCGGCGAGGGGACCCAGACACAACUCAUGCGCUCCCCGCUCAAACCCGGCCGGGUGACCAAGAUCUUCAUCACCCACCUGCAUGGCGACCACGUGUUCGGCCUGCCGGGCCUCAUGUGCUCGCUCAGCAUGCUGGCCUUCGGGACGGCCGACGCGGCGGCCCCCCCGGACGAGGAGGCCCCCGCCGAGGGGCCCCGCGUGACCGCGGGGCCCCCGCAGCUGGAGGUGUUUGGGCCCGUGGGGCUGCGGCGCCUGCUGCGCGUGGCGCUGCAGCUGUCGCGCUCGCAGCUGGGGUUCCGCUUCGCCGUUCACGAGCUGCGGCCCAGCGCGCAGCAGUGGAGCGCAGCCGACAGCGGCGACUGGAGGCCGCCGGAGGAGAGGGGGCCCCGCACCCCCAGGAGGAGCCCGGCCGAGAGAUCACGGAGGGCCCCCCCCAGGAGGAGGGGUUCCUCGUGCUGGAGGGGGGCCCCGGUGCCCCCUCCGUGCGAGCCUUCCCGCUGCGCCACUGCGUGCCGAGCUUCGGCUACGCCGUCAGGGAGCCCCCCAGGGCCGGGCGACUCCACGUGGAGGUGUGCCGCCAGGGCCCCUGUACGGCCGCCUGAAGGCGGGCGAGGCUGUGACGCUGCCGAGCGGGAGGGUGCUGCUGCCGGGAGAGGUGGCGGACCCCCCCGUGCCCGGCCGCUUGGUCGCCGUGUUCGGCGACUGCUCGGAGCCGCUGGGCCCCGCCGCUCUGAGGCUGUGCCAGGGCGCCGACCUGCUGGUGCACGAGGCGACGCUGGAGGACGGGCUGCAGGAGAAGGCCCGCCUUCGCGGCCACUCCACCCCGUCGGGCGCCGCCGCCACGGCGCUGGCGUGCGGCGCCCACCGCCUGCUGCUCACGCACCUCAGCCAGCGCUACCGGCCCGGCGGGCCUGAGGCGGCGCGGCUGCGCGAGCAGGCCGAGGCGCGGAUAGCGCUCGCCGGAGACGGAGCCCGGUGCCAGGUCACGCUGGCCGAGGACCUCAUGGUGGUGGACGUCCCUCUGAGGCAGCAGCAGCAGCAGCGGUAACGGCCGCAGCAGAAUGCCGCAAUUGCAACAGCAGCUGCAGUAAUGUCCGUAUGAACAAUGGCAACAGCAGCAUAAACAAUGACCAGCGGCAGCUGCAGCAGCAAUGCUAUCUGCAGCAACACUACUACCAGCGGCAGCUGCAGCAACACUGCUACCAGCGCCAUCACUCAGGGCGCGUAGUCGACUACCAAGCUGCCAUCGGGAGCACGAGAGAAGUGGCCCAGCAGCAAUCGCCAACUCCGGAGUUGUGGGGUCUGGGGGACUUUGGACGAGGAAAAAGGUGUGGCGGCAUCAGAGGCACUGGUCACAGAUUCCACCAAUUGAGUAACUUGAAAGCUUUACUCAGGAAGUCCAAUGUUACAUUUUAAAGAUUUAUUUUCAGGACAGUUUUUUUGCCAAUUCCUCGAUAACAGCUCAUGUGUUUGUUGUGGGGGAGAAAACAAUGCCCAGAGAAAACCUACACAGGCAUGGAGAUCACUCAACCUAUUUGCUGGACUGCUUUCUGUAUAUGUACACAACACGCAUGACACUACAUUCACACGUUGAUUAAUGGAACACGCAAUACAAAGGCAGAUUCCCUUAUAGCCUCAACAGACUUGGGGAAAGUGCUGUUAGCGAACAGUAAUGAAGACCGGCACGGCACACGAGGGGGUGGGUGGCCAGCACCACGCCCAACCGCCUUUGUCUCCCAAGUGGCGAUGAUUACGCACUUCGGGUAAUUAUUUGAGGCCGAGUCGACCCAGGGGAGGCCCAGGACUAGUUCAAUGAAUCGUCGUGUUUGGAGCAUGAACUGCUACACUACCUCCCCACACUAUUUACAUGACACCACUCACACGCCCACCAGCUCCCAAUGCGCAGACACACAGCACACCCCUCGAUUUACACGGCAAACUACACGCACAAAGUGAAUUCACCUUUCUGGCAUGUUUAUAAAUUCCAUGAACAUGGAUGCGUGUCAGUUUUUUGCGUGUUGUUAGCUUAUUAAUCAAUGAAUAAUGGAAUAAAUGCAAUGAGGUACAUGACCAUUUUUCUUAAUGUUCAAUGUAUGCAAAUUAUUGUCCUUAAAUAAAGCAAAUUGCUUUGUG